CGCCCUAGUCAGUCUUGACCUCCAUUUGUGAUGAAUGCGUCGGACUUGUCGAUUAUAGGCUGUCGCGUCAGUAUAAUAUCUAAGGCUAAGAUAAGAUAUGAAGGAAACCUUCACUCUAUAGAUUUUGACACGCCCAACGAACCUGUUAUUACUCUUUCAAAGGUUUGGUCUUUUGGCACUGAGGACCGCCCUUGUGAGCGACCAGUUGCUCCUCGGAAUGAAGAGUAUAAUCAGGUGGUGUUUCGUGGCCGGGAUCUAGACGAUGUACGUGUCGUGCAAUCUUCUGUAUUUUUAAAUGAAGACUCUGCAAUCGUUAGUGCAGCACCUGGGUCUGCUUUGUCCCACCCUCCUGGACUCCCAGUUAAUGAAAGUAGAGGUCGAUUGGAUCUUAAUCCUAGUCGUGUUUCUACUGGAUGCUCAGAAUUGUCUCCCAUACCAGCAUCUCAAUCUGUCUCACUUGAUAGCCUAAAUCAGAAUACCUACCCGAACAAUUCUUCGUACCAGAUGCCUGCAGUUGGUUGUCGGCCGGCUCCUAUAGGGACCGUUCAUGCUGAUAGCCCCCAGGUUUCUGAUACACGUGGCCAAAGACCAUUUGGGGAUAUGCGUAGCGACAUAGACCCAGGGAUUUUCAGCACAUCUGGAAGAGGAGGUACAAGUUCUAGGGAUGUUCAAGAGUCUGGACUAGGUCCUUCUAGACAUCGUGCCGUCUUAGGAUCUGGUGUGCAUAACGACUACCCACAGUCAUGGGUUAACCGAGAUCAAGGGGUUAGAAAGGGUGACACUCACAAAAAUACACCUAAUUAUUAUCAGGGGAAUGAUUACUCAAGAGAUAGACGCGGAGGAUAUAGUCAACAAUGGUCAGCAAACCAUCGUGGCUCCAGGGGUUCUGGGCAUACUUAUGGUGGUUGGGGUGGUCGGUCAGCGGGUGGUCAUGAUUGGCCUAAAUUCAGGUCAAAUGCAUCUACAGUAAAUGAGCACACCAACUUUUCGGUAGAAUAUGACUAUGAAAGAGCUAACGCAGAACUUGCAGCUGAGUUGGAAAAAAUAACGAUCAGUACUAAAACAGGUUCGUCAGGUACUUCCGUCGACAAUGCGGAAAAUGAUGGUAGCAGCACAACUGAGGAUGAAAACACGUGCUAUGAUAAAUCCAAGUCGUUUUUCGAUACUAUUAGUUCCGAGAUGAUGGACCGCGCAAAUGGCCUAAAUCCUCAAGGAAUGAACAGACGGGACGAAAGACUCCUCAAUUCAGCAACUUUUGGUACUGUUCCACAGCAGUAUCCCAGAAGAACAGGAUAUCACAAUCAACGUUCUUUUGGAUAUGGCCAAAAAAGAGGGAGUAAUUCAUCUAGUGGUAACUUCUGGCGAUCUAGUGGUACUGGAACCAAUAAGUCCCUAUUCUCCAAUUCAUCACACGCACCUCUUCCAACAUCUGGACGAGCUGGUUGAUAUGGGCCUUGUACAUUUUACUGCAAAUAAUUACUUCAAUACGAAACUCCUUGAUACAAAAUGAUCGACCGAUAUUCAAACUUAUCUCGGUCUUUACAGAUGACUUACUAACUCAUGUUUCUAUGGGACUAAUUUAAUUAUUUUUGAUUGAUAAAAUGCAUACUGUAAAACCAGUUAGUGCUUCUGUUGGUAUAAUACUGUUCGAAAUAGAACUGUUUUGUGUUUAAACACGGUUGCAUUUAUUGUUUGUUGUAAUUGCUUUUCGGUCUGACUGUUGGUUUAGUUCGAGCAGUUUACAUUUUCUGAAAUAUAAUCAUGUAAAUACCUGUUUUGCAAAUAUAUUUGAAAUAACUAAUUCAGUGAUCAUUGCUCGUACACUUUUAUGAUGGUAAUUGUAUUUUUUGUGCUAUCAUUUAGUUUAAUUGUUUGCGAAGUAUUUAGAUAUUUUGUUCACUGUUUGUAGACGUGAACUAGUAGAAAGUAAUCCGAGCUAUUCGUAAGUUGAGCGAGUUAUGCUGUCUUUUAGUCUGUAUUUUAUCAAGCUGUAAGAGAUGACUGCUGGUAAGAAAAAACGUUUUUUGGGAAACCUAGUACUAGGUUUCAACAGUCCUUUUCUAGACAGACUUUAAGUUAGUCAGUCAGUAACAACGUAGAACUUCGUACGUACGUACAUCAGUUCGAGUUGCCACACCACAUUAGCACAGAGAUGCAGUUGUCGAUUCAAAUCCCGUAGUGGUAGAGGUAAUAAGAGUAUAAGCAGUAAUCGGGAAGAUUAGGGUUUGGAGAUGUUAUUUAAAGAGUAUAAUCCAGUGAAAUAAAUUUGGAAAGAGGAAAAAAGGGACAUGAAGAAUUCAGAAGAUUAGAAUUUGGGAGAACACAGAGAGUGGAUGCACCUGCGCCAUUGCAAACGAUUUUGAGCCAUGCCAUUCAGGGUCUCUAACCAUCGGUUGCUAUCAUCUCGCGGUCCCCAACCACGUAGUCUACACCUACCAACGUGACUCAGUCUACUUGUCAUUGACUUCAUGGACUUGUGCUAUGUUUUGGUCUGGC